ACGUGUGUUGGUCGGACAAGCGAGAGAGACCGAACUCCAGUCGCUGUUUUCUAAUGGCUCAACAUGCGACGGCGGGACGGCGCUACUUGCGAGCAUUUGUUAGCGGAUUCUUCGUUGCAGUUCCCGUCACCGUCACUGUCCUCGAUCGAUGUGCUUAUGUGGCGCGAGUGGAGGGAGCGUCAAUGCAGCCAUUCCUCAACCCAGAAGGGGGGUCGGAGUGUGACGUUGUCUUGCUGAAUCGCUGGAGUGUGAGGAACUACCAAGUCCAACGAGGUGACAUUGUCUCUGUUGUGUCACCCAGAAAUCCCCAGCAGAAAAUUAUCAAGCGGGUCAUUGGUCUAGAGGGAGACUUUAUCAGGUAG